CCAUCCUAAACUUUGCAAAAAAGACUUCAAUCCAUGUCUUUGUUACACACCUUGAUUUGAGGAAUAGGGUUAGGGACAGGGAAUACUUGCUUAUGGAUUGGCAUUCUCUCUAGGGAAAAAUAUCCAUCUAUUAUAUAUACAUAACGUAACUACUUUAAGUGAAAAAUAAUUAAAUAUGAUUGUUUAAAAGCUUUAAAUUGCUUUUUAUGAAUUUGAUUUGGGUGAUUCAAGCCAGUAGUUGAUGAAAUCUCUUGCUACCAAGCUUGGUGGUACUCUUAUAGCCAUAUUGUGUAUCUUCUUGGGUGGUUUGGAAGGAUGAAAUCCCACAAAGUGUAAAGUCUUCGGUAAACCCUUUUCCUUGGUGGUGUUAAUUCUUCAGAGGAAAUCCAGAAGAAAGCGAUCCCCCAUAGGUGUAAUAGAGAUCUGGUAGAUUUUUUCAUCAUUCUUAACAAAUCUCUUGCAAAGUUCAAGAUGUGCCAUGAUAACUUCCACGUUCAUUCCUUAGAAGAGGCAACUACAGCUGAAGAUAGUCUCCUAAUAUAUUGCAAACCAGUUGAACUAUAUAACAUUCUUCAUCUUCGUUCCCUUAACAAUCCUUCUUUUCUUCGACGUUGUUUGCAUUACAAACUACAAGCUAGGCGAAAAAAGAGGGUGAGCACUGGAGUUGUAAUUUUCAACUAUAGGGACUACAACAACAUAGUACGAAAAACUGAAGUGACUGAAGACUUCUCAUGCCCAUUUUGUUUGAUGCUAUGCGCAAGCUUUAAGGGUUUGCGGUACCACUUAGGCUCUUCCCAUGAUAUGUUCAACUUCGAAUACUGGGUGACUGAAGAAUAUCAGGCAGUGAAUGUCUCUGUGAAAAUUGAUGUCUUUAGACCUGAGACUGUAGCAGAUGGGGUGGACCCACAACUUCAAACUUUCUUCUUGUGCACAAGACCACGAAGCCGUAAGUUGAAGAACUCUGUUCAGAGUGGGAAAUAUGUGCAGUUCUUGGAGAUGGACUCAGCUAGACCUUCCACAGAAGGCAUGCCUAAGGGAUUUAUUGAGCAUAACGCUGGUAAUUUUUUUCCGAUCCAAUAUGGUGUAUCCUGUGAAAAAGAGGGCAGCCAUUCAUUCCCCAUUGAGGCUUAUUUGCAGAAUGCACAACAAGGAGAAAAUAUUGGUCUUGAAUGUCCUUCCUCUAUGGAGUGCAUUGAACAUGUUGCAUCCAGCUCAAAUAUUCCAGGUGUCUCAAUGGUUAUCAGUCAAUCUUCUACGGGUCCUGAAUGUUAUAAAGUACUAUCUGGAAGUGAUCAUUUACAUCCAGCCAAAGCAAGGAAGUUAACGGUAGAACGAGACCCAAAAAACCGCAUGCUUUUGCAGAAACGGCAGUUUUACCACUCUCACCGGGUUCAGCCUAUGGCACUAGAUAAAGUAUUAUCCGACAAAGAUAGUGAGGAUGAAGUGGAUGAUGACAUUGCAGAUUUUGAAGACCGAAGGAUGCUCGAUGAUUUCGUGGAUGUGACCAAAGAUGAAAAACGGCUUAUGCAUCUAUGGAACUCCUUUGUUCGAAAGCAAAGGGUGCUAGCUGAUGGUCACGUUCCUUGGGCAUGUGAAGCAUUCUCAAAACUUCACGGCAAAGAACUUGUCUCAUCUCCGGCUCUCUUUUGGUGUUGGAGGUUUUUCAUGAUCAAACUCUGGAAUCAUGGUCUUCUUGAUCCUUCUACCAUGAACAACUGUAAUUUAACUCUUGAAGGAUUCAAAGAUGAGAGUUUUGAUGCAACGGAGAAUGGGAGAAGAGAGAUUGAUUAACAGGCUACUUCAGUUAACAUUCUUGAUCUGCUUCAUUAGCUAAUCAUUUAUAGGUUGGAGUUACUUCCUUUUACAUUCAUUAUUCAUAUAGGUUCCCUUCUUCACAAACCUCAAUUGAAUGAAGAAAGAGCCUCCCCAUGUUCUUUUUCUAAAUUUUUGCCACUUCCUCUA